GAGCUGCUGUGGUGUAACGGGAGACCGAGGUGCGACGUGGAAAGGCAGCACGCAUUGCUUUUAUAAUGCAAAAACAAUGAAAUCCAUCGACACCAUGAGAACACAUCUGUCAGCUUUCAGUGUCACCGUGUCACUAAUGUGAAGAAGAAGAAGAAGAAGAAGAAGAAGAAGAAGAAGUCAUGGACGGGGGGUUGACUAUCACUUUUAUAUCGGUUGCGAUGUUUGUAGGUUGUUUUGCACUUGGAUUCAUUCCACUGUUGUUCAGACUCUCUGAGAAAAGCCUGCAGUUUGUCUCCAUCCUGGGAGCAGGACUCCUGUGUGGGACAGCACUGGCCAUCACCAUCCCAGAAGGAGUGGGCUUACUGGAAGAGUCAUGGAGAGCAUCCUCAUCCUCUGAUGUGCCAUCCAGUCUGAAUGCCAGUGAAAUAAAUAGAAAUGCAACUUCCAGAGAGAGAGGCCCUCCACCUCGGUUCUUUAUUGGGGUGGCUUUAACUCUCGGGUUCACCUUGAUGUUUGUAGUGGAUCAGAUCGCAAGUUACUUUUCCAUGCGCGGCCGAACAACUCGUUUGCCUAACAGUGUUGGCAUCACAGCCACUUUGGGGCUGCUCAUUCAUGCUGCAGCUGAUGGAUUCGCUGUGGGAGCAGCUGUAGCCACGGGACAAGUGACAGUGCAAGUUAUAGUAUUUUUAGCUGUGAUCCUACACAAGGCACCUGCAGCUUUUGGUCUGGUCUCCUUUCUGAUGCAUGCAGGCCUUGAAAAGAAGUACAUUCAGGGGCAUUUACUGGCCUUUUCAGCUGCAGCACCUGUACUUGCCAUCCCCACUUACUUCAUAUUACAUGCAUCUGGCAGUUCAUCUCAGAACCAGCUCAGUGCGACAGGUGUGGCAAUGCUCUUCUCAGCUGGGACUUUCCUCUACGUGGCCACAGUGCAUGUUCUUCCUGAGGUCAGCAGCAGCAGCAGCAGCAGCAGCAGCAGCAGCAGGACGGACCAAACUCCCCCGGACCUCCAGCCGCACACUGGAGCCGAGGCCCACCAUCAGCGGCACCUGGGGCUCCUGGAGAGCCUCACUCUGAUCCUUGGGGUCGGGCUCCCGAUGUUGCUGGCUCUCGGGCUGCGUGACGACUGAGAAAGAAACGUCUGUCUCAUAUACCGUAGUGUUCACUGCCUCUAUGGCACAAUGAUUGAAUGGACAAAAUGUGCCUUGAAAGAGAGUUUUACCUUGCUGUGUUAAGUCUCAGUGAAGCUUGCUUUUGAGUGCAGCUAUUGUUUGUGCAUCAAAAAAGCUCUUCAGUGUCUAUAAAGAAUCUGAUAGCUAGUGGACUAGUUUCCAUUCCAGGAAUGAAGAAGAGCGCCAUUUGUUGCCAAGUUUGUAUUCAAUACACUUUCUCAAUGCCCUUUCAUUGUCUGACAAAUAAACCAAAAAGUUGAGGACAUGAUAUGUUCAGUGGUGAAAUCCCAGUAACUGAGUAGAUUUACAGGAACAACCAACUAAUCUGAUACUGUAAGAGAGCUAGGAUGCAUUGUUUGUAUAGUCAGGAGCUCAAAAACAGAACCAGGUUUUCAGUUUAUCAAUGUGAAAUAAAAUAGGAGAGUUUUUAUCAGUACAUCUGCCAAACUGCCCCCCUGCCCUCUCUCCACACAUUCUGUUAUGAAUCGUGCAAAAGUUAAGAAGGAGCUGAAAGGAUUAGAUUUCACUGGAAUUGUACCUCGCACCUCGAUUUCAUGUGACAAAUAAAAAUGGAUUGAUUGAAACCCUCUUAGAUGUGAGGUGGAACAUCAGCCACAAUAUGUAGGAAGUCCAGCAGCUCUUUACAUCUGAUAUAUAAUAAUAAUAAUAAUAAUAAUAAUACGCAAGUCACAGAAACAAGUGGUGUUGUAUGUAACUGGGGUUUUAAAGUGGGUACCUCCAAUCUCAGAUGUUUUAUUGAAUUUAUGUCCAUGUCACUUUAAGAUUUAGGGUUAUCUCUCUUUCAGUUCCUUAUUUAGCAUAUACUGUAUGCAGAAGUCUACGUGAAAUAAAAACAUGUCUGCUCGUGUUAUGAUGGCUUAUUUGACUGCAAACUAGACAACCAUGCCAUUGUUGAAUACAGAUAU